CCGGGCUCAGUAAAACAUGCUCGGCUUUCUCUUCGGGAGACAGACCGGCCUGGACGAUCCUCUUCGCCUGAAGCGGGCAGAGUCGACAAGGAGGGCCCUCUGCUUGGAGCUUAAUCCAGACCGAAAUGUGGAACGGAUCCACGGAAAUGGCAUUAACACAAUUGAUAUUGAAGUCAUUGAGGGUAGAUACAUGCUUUCUGGUGGCGCCGAUGGGGUGGUGGUGAUCUACGACCUGGAGAACCACAGUAGAAAGCCACACUACACUUGCAAAGCAGUCUGCACUGUGGGCAGGUCCAGUCGGCAUGUUCACAAGUUCAGUGUGGAAACGGUGCAGUGGUACCCCCAUGACACUGGCAUGUUCAUCUCAAGCUCGUUUGACAAGACCAUGAAAGUUUGGGACACAGAGACACUGAAGCCAGCAGAGAUCUUCCAAUUUGUGGAAAAUGUGUACUGCCAUCAGAUGUCUCCAAUUGCAAGAAAACACAGUCUCAUUGCUGUUGGUACCAAGAACCCCAAAGUACAGCUAUGUGAUCUGAAGUCUGGCUCCUGUAUUCAAGUCUUGCAGGGUCACAGAGGAGAAGUCCUAUCUGUGAAAUGGUCUCCACGGUAUGAAUACAUUUUGGCAACAGCCAGCACAGACAGCAGUGUGAGGUUAUGGGAUGUUCGGAGGGCCUCUGGAAGCCUUUUCACAUUGGACCAGUUCAAUGGGGACCCAUCAAAGUCCUCAUCUGAGGCAGCAAACACAGCCCACAAUGGGCGAGUCAAUGGGCUGUGCUUCACGGGUGAUGGACUAUUCUUGCUGACGACCGGGACAGACGACCGGAUGAGGCUGUGGGAGACGGCUACAGGAAAGAACACCCUGGUGAACUAUGGGAAAGUGGUGAACGAGAGCCGCAAAGGCUUGAAAUUUGCAGUGUCACAAGGCUGCAGCCUGGAGUUUGCCUUUGUGCCCUGUGGCAGUUCGGUGGCUGUUUACGCUGUGCAUUCGGGCGAGCUGGUUACCAUGUUGAAAGGCCACUACAGCAAUGUGGACUGCUGUGAGUUCCACCCCGAUUAUCAGGAGUUAUACAGCGGAGGCAAAGACAGCAACAUCCUGGCCUGGAUCCCGACCCCACGCCCACCUGAUAUUGAGGAGGAGCAGGAUUCUAAAAAGGGUGGAAGUCAGGUGGCCCUGAACCCAGCUUUUGAGGAUGCGUGGAGCAGCAGUGAUGAAGAUUGACGCAUCUGAGUAAACGGCAAUGGAAAAACACACACUUAGAUACUUGGAAGAUAUUUAUACUGCACUGAUAUUUGUUUUGGUGCUAUUUCAAAUAAAUCUUUUUUUUAUGUAAA